AUGCCUUUCACCAAGGGUUCCAAACGCAGCGCAAAGCGCGACGCGCCCAGCGACUCUGACGACGACAAGCCCGUCAAGAAGACCAAGACCUCCAAGUCCGAAGAUCUCGGCAGCGGCAAAGACAACAACGGAGACCCGUACUGGGAUCUCUCCGGCAAGCGCCGCGUGGGUGUCUCCCAAUUCAACAAGGCAACUCUCAUCAACAUCCGCGAGUUCUACGAAAAGGACGGCAACAUGCUGCCCGGAAAGAAGGGUAUCUCCCUGUCGGUCCCGCAGUACGAGGCCCUCCUCAAGGCCGUCCCCGCCAUCAACGCGAAGCUGCGCGCCAUGGGCCACGACGUCGGCGGUGCUGCCGAGGACGGCGCCGCCCCGGGCGCCGAGGAGUCUUCCAAGGCCGUGUCCAAGGAGAAGAAGUCCAAGUCUAGCAAGGCUAACAUUGAGGCUACCAGUGAUGAGGAGUCAGACUAA